AUUUAAGAAAACUACACGUCAACAUGAAGCUCGAUGCAGGUGCCGUGGCCGCGCCUUUCUGCGACGCCAUGAAGGAGUACGUGAACAAGGAGCUCCAUGGCGUGGGACCCAAGUUGGUGGGCUUCCUGGCCAACGACGACGCGUCUGCGCGCAAGUACGCGGAAUGGACGGGCAAGGCGUGCAUCCGCGACGGCAUCCGAUACGAAUUGCGUGAAGUCCAAAAGGAGUUCCUGCAAGAAGCUGUCGAGGACGCGAACCGGGACCCCGAAGUUCAUGGAAUCCUAGUCUACUAUCCGUGCUUUGGCACGUUUCCAUCGUUCUACGGUGGCACCAUGGACGACUUUGUGCGCGACAGCAUUUCCAUCAAGAAGGACGUCGAGGGGUUGUGCCACUUUUACCGGUCCAACUUGUACCGCAACAUUCGAUACGUAGACGACGAACGCACGCAAAAGUGCGUGCUCCCGUGCACCCCCCUUGCAAUCAUCAAAAUCUUGGAACACCUCAACAUUUACAACUUUGGGCAACCCGAAGGAGAACACUUGCUCGGACGACGCAUCACCAUCAUCAACCGAAGCGACAUCGUCGGACGUCCACUGGCCGCCAUGCUCGCCAACGACGGCGCCGACGUCUUUAGCGUCGACAUCAACUCGCUGUACUUGUUCCGCCGCGGCAAACUCAUCGAAACGGACGAAACCCCAGAGUCGGCAUGCCGCAAGUCGGAUGUCAUCAUCACGGGCGUGCCGGUCAAGAGCUACAAGCUUCCGCUCGACUGGGUGUCGGAAGGCACGGUUGUCAUCAACGUCGCCUCGUACAAGAACGUCGACGAACAAGCGCUGCUCCAGAUUCCCAACGUGACGUACGUGCCGUUGGUCGGAAAGGUGACAGUUGCCAUGCUCGAGCGCAACCUCAUGCGAUUGUAUGAAAACUUCCACAUGAAGCCGCGCAAGUUGUGGCAGUAGACAGAUCAUCGUCAUGCACUGGAUAACUCUAUACCAUGAUAUUGCAUCCAUGAGACAGUAUAUGAUUGAAUCCGUGAUUGCCCUUGACGAGAUGCCAGAGGUACUAACGGCACUAGUACAGUACCACCUAUUAUACCUACUAUAAAUACAUACUUCAUCACCC